AUGACUUCUUCAGGCGCCACAACGUUCGAACCUCUCCCAGAGCGUCCAGAUUUUCCGAAAGAAGAGGAGCAAAUUCUGGCGCAAUGGAAGGAACGCAACACGUUCAAACGGUCGGUGGAAAUGUCAAAAGGGAAACCUGUCUUCACGUUCUAUGACGGGCCACCCUUCGCCACGGGGCUCCCGCACUACGGUCACAUUCUUGCCGGGACCAUCAAGGAUGUGGUGACUCGCUAUGCGCACCAGAGGGGACACUAUGUGGACCGUCGCUUCGGGUGGGACUGCCACGGGUUGCCUGUCGAGUUCGAAAUCGACAAGAGCCUUGGCAUCACCAGUCGGCAUGAAAUCGUUGAGAUGGGCAUCGACAAGUACAACGACAAAUGCAAGUCCAUUGUCAUGCGCUACGCGUCCGAGUGGCGCAGCGUCAUCGAACGCAUGGGCCGCUGGAUCGACUUCGACAACGACUAUAAGACGCUCGACACGAGUUUCAUGGAGACGGUGUGGUGGGUGUUCAAGCAGCUCUUCGACAAAGGCAUGGUGUAUCGCGCGAACAAAAUCAUGCCUUUCUCCACCGCGUGCAGCACGCCGCUGUCGAACUUCGAGGCGAACCAGAAUUACAAAGACGUGAAAGACCCUUCCAUCGUCGUCGCCUUCUCAUGCCUCGACGAUAACGGCGGGGUGCCUGUCGAGUUCCUUGCCUGGACGACGACUCCGUGGACCUUGCCGUCCAACCUCGCGCUGUGCGUCAAUCCCGAGCUGACCUACAUUCAAAUCCGCAACAAGGAGACGAAACGAGACUGGGUGCUCUGCGAAUCGCGAGUUGACUGGCUGCUCAAGCAACUGAAGAUGGACAUCGCGACGGACUUCGAGGUCGUCGACCGCUUCCCCGGCGCGGCGUUGAAAGGCAAGAAAUACAAACCGCUCUUCGACUUCUUCAGCAAGGACUCUCGCGAAGAUGAAAACGUCACCUUCCGAGACACCGCGUUCCGCGUCGUCGCGGACGCCUACGUUUCUGACGAUUCAGGUACUGGCGUCGUCCACUGCGCGCCUGCGUUUGGCGAGGACGAUUUCCGAGUGUGCCUGGAGCAAGGCGUCGUUGUGCAGGGCGGUCCGCUUCCGUGCCCGGUCGACGACAACGGCGCGAUGACGGCGGAGGUCGGACCCGAGUUGAGUGGGCUGUACAUAAAGGAGGCGGAUAAAGUGGUGAAGAAGCUUUUGAAGGCGGCCGAUCGCCUCGUGGUGAACGCGGACUGCGUCCACGCCUACCCCCACUGCUGGCGCAGCGACACGCCGCUGAUCUACCGCGCAGUGCCUUCGUGGUUCGUCCGCGUCGAGCACCUGCGCGAGCGGCUCGUCGAGGCGAACGAACAGACCUACUGGGUACCCGCCUUCGUCAAGGAGAAACGCUUCAAGAACUGGUUGGCGGAAGCGCGCGACUGGUGCGUCUCGAGAAACCGAUUCUGGGGAACGCCGAUCCCGCUCUGGACGAGCGAAGACUUCUCCCAAAUCGUCUGCAUCGGGAGCCUCGAAGAGCUGCAGAAGUACACAGAUAAGAAGCUAACCGAUAUCCACCGGCACUUCAUCGACGACAUCAUGAUCCCCGACCCACGAGGGGACACAUACCCGCCGUUGAAACGCGUUCCGGAGGUGUUCGACUGCUGGUUCGAGAGCGGAUCCAUGCCCUACGGCCAGAUUCACUAUCCCUUUGAAAAUGCGGAAAUGUUUCAAAAAGGAUUCCCCGCGGACUUCAUUGCCGAGGGUCUGGACCAAACGCGCGGAUGGUUCUACACCCUCAUGGUGAUCAGCACAGCGCUGUUUGACCGCCCACCUUUCAAGAAUCUCAUUGUCAACGGCCUCGUGCUCGCGGCAGAUGGGCGAAAAAUGAGCAAGCGCCUGAGGAACUACCCGGACCCAACCGAGGUGGUCCACGCCCAUGGAGCGGACGCCUUGCGCGUCUACCUCGUCAACUCCCCCGUGGUGAAAGCGGAGGCGCUGCGUUUCCGAAUCGAGGGUGUGAAGGACGUCGUCAAGGACGUCUUUCUGCCGUGGUACCAUGCGUGCAGGUUCCUCGUUCAAGAAGUGAUUCGCUACGAAACGUCUGGCCGGAAGUUCGAACCGUGCAAAGUUUCGGCCCUCAUUGCCAGGGGCAACAGCAUGGACCGGUGGAUCGUCUCGUCCACGCAAUCUCUGGUGAAGUUCUUCCACCAAGAAAUGCAGGCGUAUCGACUGUACACGGUUGUCCCGCGGCUGCUGCAUUUCCUGGAUCAACUAACCAACUGGUACGUGCGCCUGAACCGCGACCGCAUGCGCGGGACCAUGGGCGAAGAAGAAGCCGCGACGUCCCUGCAAACUCUGUUUGACGUUCUCUUGACCACCGUCUUGUGCAUGGGACCGCUGACGCCGUUCAUGUCGGAGCUUCUGUAUCAAAACCUGAAGCGCGCUCUGCGUGAAGGCCAUCCUCUGCUCGCGGAAAGUGUGCAUUUCCUCAUGAUCCCGGAGGCGGCCGAAGACGUGCUGGACAGCACCAUUGAGCGGCAGAUGGGUCGCAUGCAGACAGUCAUCAACCUCGGACGCGUUAUGCGUGAGCGACAGCGCGUGCCUGUGAAGACGCCUGUGCGAUGCCUCACCGUUUUCCACGCCGAUCCUGAAUACAUCAACGACAUCCGCGAACUCGAGGCCUACGUCAAGGAAGAGUUGAACGUCAUCGACUUGGACGUGAGCAGCGACAAGAGCGGCAUUCAGCUAUCAGCGACGCCCAACUUCAAGAACCUGGGGGCGCGCCUCGGCAAAGACAUGCGCGCGGUCCAGGAAGCCGUGAGGAAUCUCUCGCAUGCGGAGUUGGAGAAGUUCGAAGAAACGGCGACUCUGGAAGUUCUCGACGGCAAACACGUGCUCGGCCCGGACGACUUGACGCUCCACCGGACCCUGAAAACCGGGGAAAAGGCGGAUCCUAACCUUGUGGUUGAGGGUGACAAUUCCGUGGUCGUCGUCAUGGACUUCACGCCCGACGAUUCCCUCCAGCGGAAAGCCUUGGCGCGCGAGGUGGCGAACCGCGUGCAGAAACUCAGAAAGCAGCACAAUCUGAACCAAACGGACGACGUGAAGAUGCAUGCAUUCAGCGAAGAUUCGGAGUUCCACGCUCUGUUGCAAGAAGAAUCUGCGUACAUUUGUGCGUGCCUACGCCGCGAGCUGCAUCUGGGAAGCCCGGUGGGCGAGGUGAACGGCGUCGAAAGCCCAGAGACGGUUUGCCGCGAGACUCUCGAAGUCGGCGGCAAGCCUCUGACGAUUCUCUUCCUUCGCCGGUAA